AUGAAGGACUGGAGGCGCUCUCCUGAGCCGCCAGGCAUGAUGGGUCUCAAAGAAGCUUCGUAUCAAGUGACUGGCAACUGGGGCCAACCUGAAGAGCUUCAGCAAUCCGAGUUUGAUCCUGCUUCACCUCUGCCGCAUACCACCCCAACCAUUUUCCUUGCCGAUGCUGCCACAUCACGUCAAUCGCAUCCACAAGCUCAUCGAACAUCGGGCGUCAACAGCCUGUAUUCAAUGUGUCUUCGUGUCAUUCUGCGAAACAUCUCAUCAGUGCAAGACCUGGGCGUCCUACCCUAUCAUCACGCCAAACCGAUCCUGGAAGAAUGCAGAAUCGACCAGCUCAUCUCUCUCGAAGACGCUUCACCACAUCUGCUCGAGCAUUCCGAUGAAAUCUGGAAACGCAACUGUUUACGCGACUUCAUCGAGCUCCGAAAGAAAUACACACCACCAUCAACAUGUGGGUCAGAUGCUUCACCAUCGGCAAAACCACCGGCGAAAGAACCCAAGAGUUGGCGCAGACUGUACUUCCGCACCAAGGGAGAAAGCGAACAGGCCAAAGUCGACGCUGCCAGACGCAUUAAGGAUAAGUACGAACAGCAUCGAGCCGAAAAAGAAGCCAAGAAACUCGUAGUAAGAGAUCGGCCGAUGAUGGCCAAAACAGCGAGGGCGGGUGGGAAAAAAUUCGGUAUGGCAAUCGCUGCUGCAGGAGCGGGCGGGAAGAGCAAAGGUCAAAGUUUGUUGAACAAGGCAAGGUCCGGGAGCGCUGCGCAAGCCAAGCUGACGGCACCUCGUAAUGGGAGGUGGUCGUUCCAGACGCAGGGGAGGAGUAAAGCGGUCGGAGUCGAGAUUGCGCCGGAAGCAGCAGGAGUGGAGGUGAGGCAGAUCGUGCGGCCUAUGGUAGCUCCAAGGAGGGUGUUGGAUGCAGCAAGCCAAGGGUUGGCCAAGAUGAGGGAGUUUUCAGGGCCAUUAGUUGGUAGCGACUCGUCUGUAAAUGAACGCGGCAGAGCAACGAAUGGAUCAUCGGCAACUGCACCAGCGUCCCGCAGAAGCACAACGGGUGGUCUGCAACGAUCAGAUACCGAUGGCACGAAGCAUCUGGCAGACUCGAUACUAGCGCCCUCGAUCGCACGCUUCAGACCGCACGAAGUGGCAGCAGCGCCACCUCUCAAUUCGAUUUCCUCUUCUUCAAACUCAAGACGUGGAAUCGAGGGAUCCGGACUUGCUGCAUCCCUGCACUUAUCUGCAGACAGCUCCGUCCGCCUCAUCCCAUCAUCAUCAUCACCGCCACCGGACAUCGCGCGUUUCGAGCGACGCAAGCUCGAUUUUUUCGGCUCCGCUCGACCUUCUUCAGCCGGUGCGAGCAGUAGCAGCAGUCCUCGCAGAGAUUUCAGCAAUGUCUCGACAGUGGAAGUCAGAGGUGUGAAACGUGCUUAUGGCAGCAGCUCAAAGAGUGGAGACGCAUUAUCGAAGACAAGUGGCAGCAGCUCAAACGCUGCGGCUUGUUCGCCAAUGAGCUCGCCUCCAGGUGCAGCGCCAUCGGUUCAGACUGGAGCAGCGAACUGUGGUGGUGUGAGGUUGAUUCAAGCUAAACGUGCGCGGACUAGCGAUGCGUCAAAGGAGGCUGUCUCAUCAGCACGCACCAGCCCGCUUCCGUCGUUAUCCGCGACGCCUUCGAACAAGACUGAUCAAUCCACGCUCAGGUAUGUCACCACCAAGAUCGCAGACAGAGGCGGACCAACGCCGGUUCGACAGCACAGCACCUACAGCAGUCACAGCAGUGGCAUGGCUGGACCACCCAUUCAAGAUCCCCACUUAGCACGAGCAUCACCUGCUGCACUCUCGUCGAUCUUCGUGAAGUCUUCACCGCACCGUUCAGGUGCACGAUCGAGCAACAGCAGGAAUCGCUCGUAA